AUGUACUUAUGGUUUACUCCCACAGAACCAACUCUUCGCGACUUUUACAAUGCUACACAAAAAAAAUCUGAAGAAUAUCAUGCUUGUUUAACUACUACUAUAUAUGGCGAAACAUAUUUGGACCCAGAAAAAGUUAAAGCUAGAGGUUUUGAUAUAAACGAAGCAAUUGAGGUAGGGAAUGAAAUGAUCAGAUUGUCAGGGGAAUGGUUUGAUAAAACAACAAAAGAGAAAGGAUUUCACACUAUGUUCAAGGAAUUUAUUGAUCAAGCUCCGCCACAAUUUGUAAAUAAAAGAUCGAAUUUUUCGAGUUUUGAUGAUUUGUAUGACUUCACAAAGAAAGAAAAGAAGGGAAAUAAGAAUAAUAAAAAGCUAUCAAAAAAGAAAAUUCGUUCUUUAAUGAACAAAGCUUCAUAUCUUGUGGGCCGUAAAAUCAAACUUGAAGAUAAAUUAUAUGUCAAAGUCAUUGCCGUAAAGACGAACGAUGACGGUGUAUUUUUGGAGGUGGAGGAAAAAGUGGGAGAUAAAUUGGAAUAUUAUGAAAUUAUGUAUCAACAAGAUAUGGUUGGAUUAUAA